AUGGCGCGAAGUGGAUUCUCGCAAUGUGGGCGGUAUUUAUACAGUGACGGUGAUUCUGGUGGCAAGAGAAAAAGAAAACUGUACAUUUGGGCUAGAGUUGUCCCGUCUUCACUUGCAACGCAAAUUAAAAUCAAUGUCUGUUACAAUGACAAACUUUAUCUAUCUAUCUAUCUAUCUAUCUAUCUAUCUAUCUAUCUAUCUAUCUAUCUAUCUAGGCUGUUUUCUCUUCAUCCAGUAAGAGUCACUGGUAUUCAUCCAACCUCUUUCCAUAUUUUCUUCUACCAAUUAAUUUCGAUUUCUUUUCUUCCACAUCUCCCUAUGGCCUGCUCAUCUAUCUAUCUAUCUAUCUAUCUAUCUAUCUAUCUAUCUAUCUAUCUAUCUAUCGUUCUGUUCAUAUCUAUCUAUCUAUCUAUCUAUCUAUCUAUCUAUCUAUCUAUCUAUCUAUCUAUCUAUCAUUCUGUUCAUAUCUCUCUAUCUAUCGUUCUGUUCAUAUCUAUCUAUCUAUCUAUCUAUCUAUCUAUCUAUCUAUCUAUCUAUCUAUCUAUCUAUGCUGUUUUCUCUUCAUCCAGUAAGGGUCCGCAGUAG